GCCAAUGAAACAAUCUGGAGCAUUGAGUUUAUUCAGAGCUGCAUUGUACCUCCCAACCCAAGGAACAAGCCAAGCAGGUAUUGGCAAUGACAGGAGUAAGCUACCUGGACUCAGUCGCUCACUGCACCCGAGUUGGCUGUCACUCACCCUGCAGCACCACGCUUCAAGAGGAGGAGGAGGAGAAGGGGACUAGGACCCAGCUGUGUGUCUGUUUGUCAGGCUGCACGUCAUGUGGGAAGACUCUGGUGAAUGCAUAGAGGACAUUCUAAUGAAUACAACAAAUCAAGCUGAGCUAUUCCAGCCAGGAUGUGUUCUGAAAAUCUGUGCUCCCAUGGUACGCUACUCAAAAUUAGCAUUCAGGAUGCUGGUUCGCAAAUAUGACUGUGACCUCUGCUUCACUCCAAUGAUAAUUGCAGCGGAUUUUGUCAGAUCUGUCAAAGCGAGAGACAGUGAAUUCACAACAAGUAAAGCUGACCGCCCUCUGAUUGUGCAGUUUGCUGCAAAAGACCCUCUUAUCCUUGCUAAUGCUGCCACCAUGGUAGCACCAUUUGCCAAUGGAAUUGAUUUGAACUGUGGAUGCCCCCAAAGGUGGGCAGUGUCAGAUGGUUAUGGUGCUUGCCUCAUCAAUAAGCCAGAACUGGUCAGAGACAUGGUGAGGCAGGUCAGGAACCAAGUUUGUAUUCCUAAGUUUUCUACUUCAAUCAAAAUAAGAAUCCAUAGAGAUAUCAGAGCAACUGUUGACCUUUGCCGGAAAGCAGAGUCUGCUGGAGUGUCCUGGAUCACUGUCCAUGGAAGAACAACAGAGGAACGACAUCAGCCAGUACAUUACGAUGCAAUAAAGACAGUAAAAGAAAGUGUAUCCAUUCCUGUUGUGGCUAAUGGUGAUAUAAGAAGUCUCAGAGAUGUAGAAGACAUUCAUCUGUUAACAGGAGUUGAUGGUGUAAUGGCGGCAAGAGGUCUGCUAGCAAAUCCUGCCAUGUUUGCCGGAAGUGAAGAUACACCACUGGAGUGUGUUUGGGACUGGGUUGACGUUGCUAUGAAGCAUGGGACUCCAUUCACUUGUUUUCACCACCAUUUAAUGUACAUGAUGGAGAAAAUUACCUCACAGCAGGAAAAAAAAAGUUUUUAAUUCAUUAUCUAGCACAGCAGGGGUUAUAGAUUACUUGUUGGAGAACUACAGUGUGUGUAGGUAAUUUUAGAAACAGAUGAAAAUAAUCUGAUUUUAAAGCCUAAAUUUAAAUACUAGAAUUAUAAAUUUUUUAAGAGUUGCAUUUUAUAAAAUAUGCAAAAACAUUAUACUGUAUUUUUAAUAAUGUAAUAUAAUUUUUAUUUUA